AUGGACCUGAAAGUGACUGCAGUGUGCUCCAGUCUCCAGCAGGGGGCAGUAAAACCCUAUGGACCUGAAAGGGUUGCAGUGUGCUCCAGUAAAGGUGUGUCAAAUGGAAGGGCAAGUCUCACCACUGAGAGGAAAACAUCACUGGUCCACCUCUGCAUCAGGUCAGCUAUGUUGAUCAGUACUGUCCCAGGGAUGCUGGGAGCAGAGAUGAACUCCCUGACCUGUAUCAGUGUAUCUUCAGACUUACCCAGCAUCGUUGUCCGUCCUCUUCAGUACUUUGGAGAUGUGGGUCAGACUGUGUCUGAACUGAGAGAGAAACUAGAAGACUUCCUUAAAGGAGAAUGGACCAAGAUCUCCACUACAGUGAAUAUAGUGGAUGUUGUACUGCCUCCAGAGCCCAAGACCAGAGAACAGUUGUUACAAUAUUCCUGUCAGCUCACACUGGACCCAAACACAGCAGACACACUCCUCUCUCUGUCUGAAGGGAACAGAAAGGUGACACGUACACACCAAGUCCAACCAUAUCCUGACCAUCCAGACAGAUUCACCAACUGGUGUCAGGUUCUGUGUAGAGAGGGUCUGUCUGGACGCUGUUACUGGGAGGUGGAGAGGACUGGUGGUGUUGCUAAAGCAGUAACAUAUAAAGACAUCAGCAGAACAGUGAAGGGUAAUGAUGGUGGAUUUGGAUACAAUAACAAGUCCUGGAGUUUAAAGUGCUCUAGUGUUGGUUAUUGUUUCAGACACAAUAAUGUUGUGACUAAAGUAUCAGACCCUCAGUCCUCCAGAGUAGGAGUGUACCUGGAUCACAAGGCAGGUACUCUGUCCUUCUACAGUGUCUCUGACACAAUGACCCUCCUCCACAGAGUCCAGACCACAUUCACUCAGCCCCUCUAUCCUGGGUUUAGGCUCUAUUAUUAUUAUAAUGAUACUGCUGAGCUGGUUAAACUGUAAACUGAUUUGUUAUUAAUUAAAAUUCAAUCCAAUGUUUUAAUCUUGUACAUUUCCAUGAAUCAUGAUGUCUGGUGUUGAUGUAUAUUGGUUGUCAUUCAGAACCAUUGAUAUGUUUUCUCAGUUGGUUCUCUGUCUCUAUGUAAUUCUCCUCAGUAUCAUUGAUCAGCUUGUUGGCUCGGUCCUAAUUGAUGUGUUCUCUGUCACCUGGAGCUGCAUGGAAAAUGGUCCAGGAACUAAAGGACAAUUCAGGACUAGUCAGCCCACUACAAGCUGGUAUCACUUCCUUUCUACUAAACUAUAUGGUCUGGUUUCCCAGACACAGAUGAAUCCUAGUCCUGGACUAAACAGUAUGUUCAAUGUAGAUGUCCAGGAAACCGGCCCUAAAUGUGUCAUCUUUCAUCCUCCCAUACUGCUCAGUCCAGCAACAUUAAACCUGUCCAGCAGGUGGUGCUGUUGACCAAACAAUAAAACCAGCAGAUAUCUUGACUUGCCACUCAGUAUAUCAGUAAUGUUCAGAAUAGUACUUUAAUAU